CGCUAUGAAGUUAAACAUGCUAAUUAAUAGAACUCGUGUUUGAUUUAUAAUUUUUAAAAAAGAAGAUCGAUCCCCCAGAUAGUUGUCAAGAGUAUCCGGUGAAUCUUCUUGGUCACGCAAAAACAUUUGCAGAACCCAACGAGAGAUUGCAGCUACUACUAGAAGACGAAAGCAGACUUACAUAUAGCAGUGAGCCUGACAUCACCAGACAAGACAAGGGGAAGCUUGUAAUGGAAAAAUUAAAAUGUAAAGAAACUUCUCUUGAAUUUAUGGAAAUAAUGAACGUUCCAAAACUUGGUCAGAGCAUUGCUAAUAAACGUACGGAAGACAAAGAAGAUAAUACUGAUAAAUUUGUUUCUAAGAAAGACGAUCCUGAUUUAAUUGUUACUAACCUUAGUAGAUGAAGAACGAAACCACAAUUUGUAAUGGAGAGCGAAAAUAAUGAUCAGUGUCGCGACACAAGGAAGAGGAGUCAAUCCACCAAAUGUACUGUAGACCCGAGUCAUGUACCUUGCAAAAAGCGUUUGUACGAAUCCAGAAAUGAAUCUUGGUCUGAGGACAGUAGUAACUUCAGUGAAAACGAAAGUGAGGAGUUUCCAAAAGAGGAUCCAACAUUACUUAAAAGUUUAGGAAGGAACCAAACGAAACGAAAUGAAAACCUUGCAACAGCGAAGGAUUUUUGCACUAGACGUUCGCAUGUGAUCGAGAGUAAUAGCUUUGAAGAAGAGCCACUUUUAGAAUUCAGUUCAAUGAGAGAUAAAAGUAUAUCUUUUAUUUCAGCGAAAAUUUUGUCAUAUAAUUUUGCAGGGUCACUGUUUUAAUUAAAGAAAAAAAUUCCCCGUUUUUUCCCGGUUCGCAAAUUAAAGCACUUAAGGUGGAACUUUUCAAUUUUAAACUUAUAAAAUUGAAGUUAAAAGUUUUUAAAUUUAAAAAUGUUGUAUACAAACCCUCAAU